CAACACUGUCGCCACCCUCAAAAACUAUAGCAAAGCCAAUUGUAGCACUUAACACCGUCAACAUGUCGUCUACUCGCACAACAAAGAUGGUCAAGACCAAGGACGGUAUCAAUUGGUACGUCGAGCAAGAAGGCACUGGGCCUGACAUCGUCCUUGUUCCCGAUGGUCUCGGCGAGUGUGAAAUGUUCAGUAUCCCCAUGUCCAUCAUCGCCAGCCAGGGUUUCCGCGUCACCACAUUCGACAUGCCAGGAAUGUCUCGUUCAGAAAAUGCACCUCCAGAGACCUACGACAACAUCACCGGCCAUAAGUUAGCAGGAUAUGUCAACACUCUCCUCGAAGAACUAAACAUCCCAGUCGCCUCCGUCUGGGGCUGCAGUUCUGGUGCUACAACCGUGCUUGCUAUGUGUGCUACAUACCCCGAGCGGGUGAGAAACGCCAUGCCUCACGAACUUCCCAUAGUCAACCCUGCUGGGCUCGAUGACCUUUUUAGCAAGGACUCAGAAACCAUAUCCACCGCUAUGGCUGCCAUAUCACGCGACCUCUCGGGCGGAGUUGAAAAAUGGGAUGCCUUGGGCACUGAGGUUCACGCCAGACUCCAUCGCAACUACGUUCGAUGGGCUCAUGGCUAUCCCCGUACCAUUCCAGCAUCUGCACCGAUCAAGUCUGAAGAUUUACAUAAACGUCCAGUGGACUGGACCAUUGGUGGAAGUACUCCCGCUGCUGCCUUUUUCCAGAACAUUGUCAUUGGAACCAAGGAGGGUUUGGAUGUUGGGAUUCUGCCAGGGAGUCAUUUCCCCUAUGUAUCACAUCCAGAGGAAUUUGCGAAACAUGUUGUGGAUAUGUGUCGAAAGUAUGUGUAA